GUGGACUAUAUGCGGAUGUAAACAAAAAAAAACGUCUAGAAUAACAUAACUUUAUAAGUAUCCUAAAUGUGACAACAAUCAACUGACAUUACAUUUAGAAUAUCCAUUGGCGUUUGCUGAUUUGUUAUAUUCUCAUAUAAAGCAAUGGGAAAAGGUUGUGCAGUUGCAGGGUGCAGUAAUUCCAUCAAAACUGGACAUUCCGUACACCUGUUUCCUAAAGAUGAACAACAACGUCUUUUGUGGAUACGCUUUGUAAAACUGACCCAUGUUGAUUUUUCGGAGCCAACUCAAAACUCUGCUAUAUGUAGUGCUCACUUCACAGACGACUGCUACGAAGUUGACAGAAUCAAAUUUAAGGAGCUAUUUGGGAUGUCCACCAACAAGAGACUUUUGCCAAAUUCAGUGCCAAGUAUUUACCCCAAAAGACCUCCAGAAGUGAUCAACAUGGUCAAUGAGGCUAAGAACAUGAAGAAGAAACGAAAGACAUCUAUAACUCCACAGAAAAGAGAAAAGGUCAAGGAGAUGCCUAAAAAAAGGAUGAAAGCCCAUAGCACAAUAGUUAAGGAAAAUAAAGAAAGAAUGAGAAAAAUGGCACACAAAAAAAGACGAGAGAAAGAAGAUCAGGAAACAUUAAAAAUAACACACUCCUCCACUAGAUCAGACAGUGGUGCUCCAAUGAAAAGGAGAAAAGAAACAGACAAAUAUAACAUGACCACUUCAGAAAUUCCUCCUGUAAAGAAAAUGAAAUUGGAACAAAGAUUAAAAUGUGGAAACAAGCAGGAAAAAGUUAUAAAUAAAAAUAUGGAAAGUGCUGAUGGAAUCUCAACAUCAUCUGUUGUCAACGUAACUGUUACUAGACGUAUACUACGUUCUGAUAUUGGUACUGACGUCAGUAUGGAAAAGGGUAACAGUUUAUUAGCCUCCAGCACCAAACAUUCCGACAAGACCCAGAACAUAAGAAGUUUAUUACCCUUGAACAUGAUGAAUAUCACUGAUAAAAAGACACAGAAUGCUAGAAGUUUAUUACCUUUGAAUAUAACGGAUGAAAAGACUCAGAAUGCAAGAAGUUGGUUACCUUUUAAUGUCACGGAUGAAAAGACUCAGAAUGCUAGAAGUUUAUUACCUUUUAAUAUUACGGAAGAAAAGACACAGAAUGCAAGAAGUUUGUUACCUUUGAAUGUCACCACAGAUAAAAAGACUCAAAAUCUUAGAAGUUUGCUAACCUUUCAAAUCAGUACAGAUAAAUCAACACAGAAUUCUAGAAGUUUAUUACCUUUUAAAAUCACUGAUAAAAAGUCACAAAAUGAAAGGAGUUUAUUACCCCCUAAUACAGAUGCUGGUAACAAGAAAGAAGAUGUGAACUGUUUAUUGCCUUUGAAUGUGGAUCAUUCUAACAUGAAACAGAAUUCUAAAUGUUUAUCACCAUUGAAGGCUGGCCUUAAAACAGAGAAUCAAGGUGCUAGAAGUGUAUUAUCUUUGAAUGCUGGCCAGGUUACGGAGAGUCAAAAUUCUACAAGUUUGUUAUCUUUAAAUUCUGGUCUAGUUACUGAGGGUCAAAGUUCUACAAGUUUGUUAUCUUUGGAUGCUGAACAGGUUAUACUUACUGAGAGUCAAAAUGCUGGCCAGGUUGCCAAGAGUCAAAAUUCUAUAAGUUCAUUAUCGUUGAAUGCUGGUCAGGUUACCAAAAGUCGAAAUGCUAGAAGUUUAUUAUCGUUGAAUGCUUGUCAGGUUACCAAAAGUCGAAAUGCUAGAAGUUUAUUAUUGUUGAAUGCUGGUCAGGUUACCAAAAGUCGAAAUGCUAGAAGUUUAUUAUCUUUGGAUGCCAGUCCGGUUACUAAGGGUGAAAAUGCUAGAAGUUUAUUAUCUUUGGAAACCAGUCCGGUUACUAAGGGUGAAAAUGCUGGAAGUUUAUUAUCUUUGGAAACCAGUCAGGUUACUAAGAGUCAAAAUGCAAGAAGUUUAUUAUCUUUGGAAACCAGUCCGGUUACUAAGGGUGAAAAUGCAAGAAGUUUAUUAUCUUUGGAAACCAGUUCGGUUACUAAGGGUGAAAAUGCUGGAAGUUUAUUAUCUUUGGAAACCAGUCCGGUUACUAAGAGUCAAAAUGCAAGAAGUUUAUUAUCUUUGGAAACCAGUCCGGUUACUAAGGGUGAAAAUGCUGGAAGUUUAUUAUCUUUGGAAACCAGUCCGGUUACUAAGAGUCAAAAUGCAAGAAGUUUAUUAUCUAUGGAUGCCAGUCAGGUUUCUAAUAGUCAAAACCCUGAAAGUUUAUCAUCGUUGAAUGCUGGUGCUGUUACAGAGAGUCAAAAUGCUAGAAGUUUAUUAUCUUUGAAAACGAGUCCAGUUUCCAAAAGUCAGAAUGCUAGAAGUUUAUUACCUCUGAAUAUUCAUGAUAUUAGUACUGUUUGUGAUACAAAGAAUUCUAGAAGUUUACUACAUAAUGUAAAAUUACCUUUGAAUACUGACACUAUUAUCAAGACACAGAAUCAGAAAAUUUUCCAGAGUACUUUCUCAGAAAAUAAAUCACAAAGGGAGCACUCUCAAAAUAGUGUAAGUUCUAUCAAGGGACCUUCUCAGACUGUUCAGAGUGUUUUGGAAACAGAGAAUGUACAAGAGAAUAUUUUUUCUGUCUGCAUUAACAGGACCAAAGGAAGUCCAGAUGUUAAAAUUAUACAGCCAUGUAUUAGACAGGAAGUGAAUAAAAAGAAUAGACUAGAAAAUAUACUAAAACAGAGUAAGCUGUGUACACAUGGUCUCCAGAACGAAUCAAAGAAGGAAAAUCUAGAGUCUACUGCUGCGAUAUCUGUCACAAAACCUUCUAAGGAGAAGAAGUCACAGCGUCAUCUUAGAAGAGGACGUAGAUUUAAAGAAAAAUAUAAAUAUAAAAGCCUGCCUGAAGAAAGUGAAACAGAGACUGAUAAACCAGCAUCUUUGCUGAGGUCCCAAGAGAUCACAGACUACCAGGUACAAGAUCUAAGCUGGUUGUUAUCACUAUUUACACAUGGAAUUAAUGGUGUUUUGGCAGAAGAAAUGGGUUUAAGUAAAACAGUACAAGCUAUAGCUUUGUUGAGAUACAUGAAGGACUAUCAACAGAUAUCUGGACCUCAUUUGUUUAUUGUACCUCUGUCUAAUAUAGACCACUGGCUGGUAGAAUUCAAACGUUGGAGUCCUGAUUCCAGAUUAGUUGUGAUAAAAGGCACUGCUGAACAAAUAAGACCAGCAUUCAAAGACAUAGUGAAGGACAAUGGCUGGGAUGUUUGUAUUACUAGUUAUGAAACAUGUCUCAAAGAACCUAAUGCCUUCAAAGAAAUUAAUUGGAGAUAUUUGGUUGUAGAUGAAGUCCAGACCAUCAAUAAAGAAAAGACACAAAUUUCAGAGUUUAUCCAGAGUAUGAAGACAUCCAAUAAACUGUUACUGAAUGGAACCCAGACACAGAAUGACAUACAGGAGUUAUUGGCCUUACAGAACUUCCUGAUGCCUGAUUCAACAAAUAAUACCAUCUUCAGAUCAGCUAAUCAUUUAUGUGACAAAGAACUUGUGAACUGUUUACAUAGCAUUCUUCAACCAUUCCUGUUGAAAACAAUUAAAGCAGACUUAGAAAAGGGAUUAUUACCAACCAAAGAAAUCUACAUAUAUGUUGGACUUUAUACUUUACAAAAAGAUUGGCAAACAAUACAAGCACAAGACUUAAAGGACCAACUGGAUGAUAACAUGAAAAGGGAGGUGAGUGAGAAAAAGAUUGAAAUCCUUAAACAUAUCUCCUUACCAAAUCAGUCAAAAUUGGAAAUCAUUCAACCAUGUAAAGUAAUUAAUCCCAGUGUUGGACUAAAAAGUUUAUUAAAAAACAAUACAAGUAUUGGAAACAGGACCCAGAGCAGGAAAACUCUACAAAGUAUUUUACCAGCCAAUAAGUCAACACAGGGAUCUUUUCAAAAGAAUUCUACUAAGUCUUUUCCCUUCAAUGGUUUACUGACAAAAGGAUCUGGUGAGGGGUCUUCUCAGAAUGUUCAGAUUACCUCAGAUUGCAGAAAUAGUCCAGAAAGAAUAUUUUCUGUAUGUGUUGAAAGUUUGAAAGGCAGCCCAAAUAUCAAAAUUAUACAGCAAGCUGGGGUUGAAAAGAUAUUAGGACAAAAGAAGGUCGACUUUGAAUUGCAAUCAUGUCCAGAUGAGCUUAGCAUCAGACAUAAAUUAAGAAGAAAUAAAAAACAUAAAAGUGAACUAAAUGCAAAAGUUGAAAGAAAAGAUGAAUAUUCAAAUGAAGAGGAAUCAAAUGAAAGUGAGGAUGAAAAGAAGGAAAAAUCAAGUGAUAAUGAAAUAUUUAUAAAAGAUAAAUUAAGUACAAAUGAAAUUCAAGAAAAAUAUUUGUCUUUUGUAAAACAUUAUAUAAAUGGAGAGUUUGAAUACAAGGGUACCAGAAAAUUGAACUGUAUACCUGCUGUAAAUGACCAUCAGUCAGUUUGCCCCUGUAUUGUGUGUGGAGACCAGGCUGUGGGCAUGUACUUUGGUAUUAUGGUGUGCUAUAGUUGCCGUACUUUCAUAGUUGCUACUGUACAAUACAGAUCAAUCCUCAAGUGUGAAGCACAUUCUAACUGUACAAUUUAUUACCGUGAAGAAUUUUGUCCACAUUGUCGAUUUAAGAAAUGCCUUUGGGCUGGAGCUGUUGUUGCAGAGGUUCCACUCAGACUUCAAAAACUGAGUAAGUUUAAACAAUCUCUCACAGUUAAAAAGAAAAAGCAACCCAAGAGGAUUUCGAAAUGUUUUAAAGAGAAGACUUGUGUGAAAGUCGCCACUGACACCAGAUGUGCUCCAACUAUGUAUUUAACCAGUGAUACUGACUGUGAUAACAAAGAUGACUGUGAUAAACUUGUUGACAAUUCUGAUCCAAUCAAAUUAUCAGGAGGACAGAAAGACAAUUCUUAUCCAAUCAAAUCGUCAGGUGUACAGAAAGACAAUUCUUAUCCAAACAAAUCGUCAGGAGGACAAAAAAAAAUCAAAUUUGAAAAACUGACUAAAAUUUCUUGUAUCAAAAGUGAAAGUUCAACAACGACUACAUGUUCUGGUAUUAAGGAGACUAGUGGUACUGAGAUACAGCUAAAACCUUUGUCAGAAAAUAAUAAUAUGGCAGAAAAUUUCCACUACUUUAAACAAAACUCAGGACCAAUAAGCACAAGUGAUAUUUUGACUGAUUGGCAAAGGCUGCAUAAAAGUGUUCAGGAACAAUUCCAAAAAUUGAAGAAUUAACAAAUUUGAUAUAAAUUUAUUG